GUUUUAUCUCUUGGGUCCAAGAUAGAAUGUCGUAUAGAGAAUUAAGAAAUAUGGUGGAACAGUUGCGAAUUCUCGGUUAUCCACGACUUGUUUCCAUGGAAAAUUUUCGAACUCCAAAUUUCAAAUUAGUGGCUGAAUUACUGGAAUGAUAUGAUGCCCAAAUUUCCAUACCACUUGUGAUCGAAACAGAGCAGGAACGAGCAUUUUUUAUAAAAUCAGCUACAUUUUAUAUUCUUCAAAAGACUCGAAUUAAACUCAAUCCAAAGAAAUUAUAUAUGGCAGAUGGACAUGCAGUUCAAGAGAUUGCUGUAGUUGUGCGAAACUUAUAUGAAAUAACUCGUCAUCCAAAUGGUUUAGAUCAAAAUGCGACAAUUAAUUCGAUGAGAAAUAUUAUGCUUGGCAAAAUAAGUUUAUUUUACAAUUGUAAUGAUGGAAAAUUAUUGCAUCACAAAAUGAAUUUCGAAGAGAAAAAUCUGGAGAAUAAAAGAAAGAAUGAAUGUCUGCUGAGUUUAUAUCUAUCAAAGAAUGGUUUUACGAUUACACGGAUUAGCGCCUUCGUUAGCCUUUUGUUAGCGGCUAAAGCAUUCCUUGGAGAGGAAUUACAGAAAUGUCGACAAUUAGCAUUACAAAUUGCAAACCAUGGCGCAACCCUGUAUGACCUUUUGGGAAAAGAGGUCAUUGCAAGGAAUGAGCGAAACAAGGCGUUAUCAUUCUCCUUUAAUUUAUCAGAUGGUGAAAAAGCCAUUCUACAAGCUGUUCAGAUUAUACAGGAAGAAUUAUCCGUAAUAAAUCACAAUUUGCAAAAUGUUAGUUCUGAUGAGGCGGCAUUGGACGCUAAAAUUGAACGUCGAAAAAAGGAAUAUGAUCAACAGCAAAAACGCUUGGCUAAAUUACAGUCAUUUCGUCCUCAAUGUAUGGAUGAAUAUGAAAAAUAUGAAAUGAAAUUAAAACAAUUAUAUGCCAUAUAUGUAUUGAAGUUUAGAAAUGUAGCAUUUUUACAAGGAUUACAGAAUGAAUUUGAUCACGCAGAACAGCAACGUAAUGCAGAUGCUGAACAGAAUAUGCGCAAUAUGGUUGAGCGUAUGCGUGCACAAGAAUUGAUACUUCGUGAAGCACAGUAA